AUGGACUCAACUAUCCGGUCCGAGGGAUUUCCUCACGCGACAACAAGGAACCUGGACGUCGUCAUCAUAGGAGCUUCAUUAGGAGGUCUUGCAACCGCACUCGCCCUUAAGCGCCUUCCGUCGCCGCACGCCCAUACGAUCACAUUACUUGAGCGCAAUCCCGAACGGGUCCUGAACAACCAUGGCGCGGGUAUUGUUGCGGGUGGCGACACGCUCGCGUUCUUCAAGAGAUAUGACAGAUGUGGGCGCGAACUGGCCGUCUCCAGCCUGCGCAGGCAGUACCUGAACAUUGACGGCGAGAUUGUGCACAAAGAAGAUGUGAAACAAAAUAUGACGAGCUGGGAUCUAGCAUAUUACAUGCUCCGCGCCAAUGUCGACGGUUUGGAAAGCGAAUACUGCUCGGUCCCCGAAAGCGACGAUAGCAAUUCCACAGUGAAGCACCUGCAUGGGCACAAAGUCACAGGGAUGUGGAGAAAAGAGAGCGAAGGAGGUAGACUCGUCAUCGAGUAUGAGACCAGCGACAAGGUCAAGGGUUCGGUAGAAGCAGGCCUCGUUAUCGGCGCGGACGGCCCCAGCUCCACCAUCCGCUCAAUCUUUUCACCCGAUGUCGAGCGAACAUAUGCUGGCUAUGUCGCUCUGCGUGGCACCCUCCGCGAGGACAGUGUCAGUCCUAAGACUCUGGAAGCCUUCAGCGAGCGUUUUACGUUCUUCCAUUGCCCCGGCAUCCAAAUCCUGGCAUACCUCAUCCCCGGCACAAACGGCGUAUUAUCGCCUGGGAAACGUUUCAUCAAUUUUGUGUACUACAAAAACACGAAGCCCAGGGGCAUGACCGACCGCUCAAAGGAGUUCCGCGAACUCAUGACAGACGUGGAUGGCAACUACCACCGCAUCACGCUACCGCCGGGCAAAAUCAACCCCAAGGCGUGGGAGAAACAAUGCAAGAUUGCACGUGAGAAACUCCCACCGCAGUUCGCAGAGCUUGUUUGUUCAACAGAAACGCCCUUCGUCCAGGCCGUCACCGACGUCAUAUCGCCAACCAACGAGUUUCUCGACGGGCGCGUCAUCUUGAUUGGCGAUGCGCUUGCUGGCUUCCGGCCCCACACUGUCGCCAGUACAAGUCAGGCGUGCUUUGAUGCGACAGCUCUGGCAGACAUGAUUGAGGGCAAGCUUGGGAGGAAACAAUGGAAGAUGCAGACGCUGGGGUUUGCUAGGACGAUCCAGGCCAGGGGAGUGAGUAUGGGAGAAAGGAGUCAGCACGAAGACCUGCCGUUGGCCGAGCAUAUCCAAGAUCGAAACCUGGCCAGCAGACCAAGGCAGGAUGAGAUUUGGCCUCAUUGGGCGCUCGAGGACCUGGAUUGA